UAAUAAGAUGAGGCCCAAAGUAACGCCACGUGUCAAAUGAAAAAUGCAGGCAUGAUGUAGAUAUGUAGUAGCUGGAAGAACAACGUGAGUACUUUCACAUGCCAGACAAGCUUAAGGUCCUUAGUAGUGGGGAACCGUAGACAGAAUCUCGGGAUCGAAAUUGCGGAUGGGAAAACAAAGAAAGCGAUAAAAACACCUCAGAGGGGUGGAGUCGGCUCGUGUCUUAGCUUGGCUAGCUGUAUGCGGUGAUGAAUCAUCGAAACUCUCUCAGGCACGGACAACCCAAAUUCCCUUCUCUUCGAAAAUGAUGAGAUCAUCUCACACACCACCCAUGUGCUUGGAAACUAGGCUUCUUUUUUUUCAAAUUCCUAAUGUCACAGACUAAUCUGCAUGCAUAUGGGCUGCAGCGUGCCUGGGAUAUUCGCAGGGCGGGUGGAUGAAAAUUUAGCGCAAUUCUGCGAUCAUCCUCUACCAUGUUGUGUCAGAGAGAUCGGUGUUCAUCGUAUAAACUACGGGAACACCCGGAUCUGUCUCAUUCCGUAGAUAUGAUGUACUUAUUAGUGUGAUACGCCGCGUGCCUUGCUUUUCCAGGGCAGUCAGUAUACGGAGGUCACAGUACUCCCCUCUUUUGGUUUCUCAUCCCGAGAUCUCGUACUCAAGAUUCAAGACCUUUAUCGUAGUAUGCUCUGUAUUGGGCUGGGGAUUUACUUACCAUGGAGAAAGUACUACCAAAAAAAGCGAUUGUGAUCGGCGCCGGUGCUGGUGGCAUCGCAACCGCGGCAAGACUGGCUAAAGCUGGAUUCUCUGUAACGGUGUUGGAAAAGAACUCGUUCACAGGCGGACGAUGCAGCCUAAUAACACAUGAGGGCCACCGUUUCGACCAAGGGCCCUCGCUACUACUGCUGCCCAAGCUAUUCCGAGAGUGCUUCUUCGAUCUCGACACAACGUUGGAGGCUGAAGGCGUCGAGCUGCUCCAAUGCCCCACGAACUACAACGUCUGGUUCGCCGAUGGCGAAAACUUCGAGCUGACGACGGACCUCGCGCGCAUGAAGACGCAGAUUGAAAGAUGGGAAGGCAAGGACGGAUUCGUCCGGUAUCUCAGCUGGCUCCAGGACGCUCAUGGACAUUACGAGCUGAGUAUCUCUAAAGUGCUCAACCGCAACUUCACUGCUUUAUGGCAGCUCGCGACGCCCAAUUUCAUCCUUGCGGGACUGAAACUCCACCCGCUCCAUAGUAUCUGGAACAGAACGUGUCGAUACUUCUGGUCGGACAGAUUGCGUCGAGUAUUCACGUUUGCGACUAUGUAUAUGGGCAUGAGCCCCUUCGAUGCGCCGGCAACUUAUUCCCUACUUCAGUAUACAGAACUUGCUGAGGGAAUAUGGUACCCCCGGGGUGGUUUUCAGAUUGUACUCGCCGCCUUGCAGCGAGUAGGAGAGAGAUUGGGCGUCAGAUACCGACUCGACACGCCCGUAAAGCAGGUGUUAACGCACCCAGACGGCAAGACAGCGCGUGGAGUGGAACUAGAAACUGGCGAAGUACUAGAAGCCGAUGUCGUGAUCGUGAACGCAGACUUGGUGUACGCCUACAGCAACCUGUUCCCCCAGAAAGCAGCGCAAACACAGAGUUACAGCGAGCAGCUUCGCAAGAAGGACGGGUCUUGCAGCUCUAUCUCUUUCUACUGGAGCUUGGACCGCAAGAUUCCCGAGCUCCAGACGCACAACAUCUUCCUCGCUGACGAGUACCGCGAGUCCUUCGACGCCAUAUUCGAUCGCCAGACACUGCCCGACGAGCCGAGCUUCUACGUCAACGUGCCCAGCCGCAUCGACCCCAGCGCCGCCCCUGAAGGCCGCGACUCCCUCAUCGCACUCGUGCCCGUGGGCCAUCUUCUCCAGUCCAGGGGUUCCGCGGCCCCUGCCAACGGCGAGAGCGGGAUCCCUCGGGAGCAAGACUGGGACGCGCUGGUAUCGCGAGCGCGUCGCGCCGUCUUGGCGACCGUCCAAGCGCGCACAGGCUGCACAAAUCUCGAGCAGGCGAUAACGAACGAGAUCGUCAACGACCCGUUCACAUGGGAGGCCAAGUUCAACCUCGACAAGGGCUCCAUCCUCGGGCUGAGCCACAGCUUCUUCAACGUGUUGGCUUUCCGCCCCAGGACGCGCGCCGAAGGCUUCAAGAACGCCUACUUCGUCGGUGCUAGCACGCAUCCGGGAACCGGCGUGCCUAUCGUCCUGGCAGGGUCUAAAAUCACCGCCGAGCAGAUCCUUGAGGAUAUGCGGAUGGCGGUCCCGUGGAGGGGUCGUCCGAGUAUCAUUCGGGACCAGGGCAUGCCGCAGAACUCCAUGACGAGGCAGUUGGACAGGAUACAUGCACCGUUUCGCGAGUCGAAUUUGUUUGCGGUCUUGUUAAUUGUUGCCGCUAUUGUGAUGUAUUUUCUGGCAUAUAGCAGUUUCUCUUCGCGGUAACACUUGAUAUACAUACAUAAUGAGGCUGACGUGCCUACAGUUUGGCUUUUGUGUAUAUAAUUAUUGAUCAUACCAGACGGGAAGCCGAGCCAUGGUAUUAUUAUUAAAAAAAUUUUGUUUUAGUUAGUCAUAUUAUUAGGAAAUUUAAUCCAUCUCCAUAUCGUGAAUCUUAUUAUGCAUCUGCCUGACAUUAUUGGCAUGCUAU